GCUAUUCAUACCUACUACAACUCACCCCCGUAUUUACUCCUUGGACUUCGCAUCAAUAUCAAAAUAUAGCUCAAAAGCCACCCUCAAUAUGGCCAACCACAUCCGCUUCGUCACCCUGGACGUCUUCACCUCCCAGGCCUAUUCAGGCAAUCCACUAGGAGUGGUGUUUCUAUCGGACGAGAACAACUCCCAUAUUCCAGCUUUGACUCAACGCCAAAAGCAAACCAUCGCUCGGGAGUUCAAUUUGUCCGAGACGAUCUUCGUGUACCCUGGAGAAGGCGAGACACGCACCAUCGACAUCUUCACCACAGACAUGGAGCUCCCAUUUGCCGGCCACCCCACCAUCGGGGCUGCCUCGUGGUUCCUGUCACUGGGGGAGACGAGCCAGACGAGCCCGGUGACUCGACUGAUCACCAAGUCCGGGGAGAUUCCCAUCGCACUGCAGCAGUCGGGUCCCUCUAGGGGAGGGGGCGUGGUGGCUAAGAUCGCACACAAUGUGCAUCUCCACUCGACGAAGUUCCCACUGCGGGAACUCCUGCGCCUGCAUCCUACGCUGUCGCCUUUCUUCCCUGCUGCUGCGGAAGGCUCCGAGGCCGUGUCGUUCCCUGUGUUCUCCAUUGUCAACGGCAUGACGCAGAUCCACGUGCAGUUGCCCUCUCUCGAAGCCCUGGCUGCGGUGACGACUUCCGCGGGAGGCGAGCUGGUAGCUGCGGAUAGUGGCUACCUGGAUGAGGAGUGGGCCAAUGGUCUCGCUUUGGUCUACUUCUAUGUGCGGGACGUCGAGAACUCCGAGACUGGCGCCAGCGUUAUCCGGACUAGGUCAAUCGUGGGGAAUCUCGAAGACCCGGCUACGGGGAGUGCGGCCAGUGGACUGGCUGCCUAUCUGACUUUGAUGGGUGGUCAAAAGGGACCUCAUAGGUAUGAUAUUGUCCAAGGGGUGGAGAUGGAUCGCCGCAGUGUCAUUGGGGUUGGGGUCACCGUGAAUGAACAGGGCUUGAUAGACACUGUGGAGCUCAAGGGGUCGGCAGUGAAGGUGUCUGAGGGGAGUAUCUUGGUUCCCAGGCGUGAUGUGAGUGAAUGACUGGGAUUACAGUGAUAUCAGUUGUUGUGUUC